CAUACUAACAGAUAAAAUGGCGUCCGAAAACAGCUCUGAAUCCCAGGAAGAGCAAACAGCUCUGAUAGAGAAGGAGCCAGAACAAGAUGAACAUCAGACAUGUGGCACAGUCGCAGAGAAAAGCGGAUCCAAACUGACUCUGUAUCACUGGACUCAGUCCUUCAACUCUCAGAAGGUGCGCCUGGCCAUGGCAGAGAAAGGAUUACGCUGUAAGGAGUACGAUGUGAGUCUACCGCUCAGUGAACACAACGAGCCCUGGUUCAUGCAUCUGAACCCCACUGGUGAGGUGCCCGUCCUCGUCCACGAUGAAAACGUCAUCUGUGACCCAACACAGAUCAUGGACUACCUGGAGCAGAACUUCAACGAUGAAGGCACUCCCAAGCUGAUCCCUGAAGAGGGCAGCACAUACUACCACAGAGUGCAGCACUACAGAGAGCUGCUGGACUCACUACAGAUGGACGCCUACACCCACGGCUGCAUCCUCCACCCUGAGAUCACAGUGGACUCCCACAUACCAGCGUACGCUGCUACAUGUAUACGAACACAGAUCGGGAACACACAGUCUGAGCUGAAGAAACUGGCAGAGCAGAACCCGGAGCUUAAAGAUGCUUAUAUAGCCAAACAGAGGCGCUUGAAAUCCAAGCUGUUUGACCAUGACAACAUGAAGUACCUGAAGAAGCUUCUGGAUGAACUGGAGAGUGUGAUGGACCAGGUCGAGACGGAGCUACAGAGGAGGGUGGAAGAAACACCAGAAGAAGGCAGUCAGUCCUGGCUGUGUGGUGAUUUCUUCAGCAUGGCCGACGUCUCUCUGGCAGUCACCCUACACCGUCUCAAGUUCCUCGGCCUCUCCCGCCGCUUCUGGGGCAACGGUAACCGUGUGAACCUGGAGACUUAUUACAAUCGUGUGGUGGAGCGCCCGGCCUUUAGGAGAGUCCUGGGCCAUGUCAACAACAUCCUGAUCUCUGCUGUCCUUCCUGUGGCGUUCCGUGUGGCCAGGAAGAACGCGCCGGUUAUCUUUGGCACCACUCUGUUGAUAGGCGUUCUAGGAGGAGCUACAUACCUAGCUUUUCUUUACAUGAAGAAGAGACUGGCUGUCUCCUUCUGAGGGAGCCGACAAGGGCUGGAGUUGCUUUGGGACUGAACUGGGGACUGUAGAAAAACAGAAAAAAAUACGACAAAGGUCGCCUAAAUCAUAAUUUAAAUUGUGUGAAGUUAAAGUGCAGGGAGGAAUUUGAUCAUUUAGCAGACAUUAAUAUGUAACUGAAUCAAACCUUGAUUGUCUUGUUUUCUGUGUUGCUGGUUGCACAAAAUGCACUUUUAUUCAUCAUCAGUAUGUGACUGCUGCAUUACACGCCAAAGGAUCAUACUGGUAGUUUUACAUGUUUCUGCCAUUUCUUAUAAAUCACAUUUAUCAUAUCUAGUGUGGCUUUGUAGAUAAACUUUUUAAAGGAGCUCCAUUCGACAUUCAGAACACUGAUAUAGUGGUUAAAGUGCUAUGUAAAGAUAUGGUGGACUAAUAGCGUCCUGAGCAGAGAAAUAGUCACUCUACCUUUCUAUGUGUUGUAAUACGAGCUUCUCUGUCCUUUGUUGAGGUAGAUGGCCCAGCCACACGUGCAGUGUAUCCCACUAGCUAGCUACAGUAGUUGUCACCACUCUGCACUGCGCUCAUACAGCAGUUAAUGCUGAGAACGCCAGUAAUGGCAUGGCUCUGAGUCCGUAACAAAUAAGGUAAGCACAUGUGAGGGAUAAACUAAAAGAAAAAACUUUAAACAAAUGCAAAAAUGAUAAAGCUAACAACAGAUGCUGGCAGGAAAACAUGCUACCAGGUAAACUAGAAAUCAUACAAAAAUUGUACUAUGCACAAAAAUAAAAGAAUUUGACAAAUAACAUCAUGUGGCACCAGGGAUAAGAAGUCUAAAAGAUGACCAGAAUGGGGCGGGGUUUAAGCAACCUGGAGACAGUGGCCAGCUGCUUCCAAUUCCUUAACAACCUCCAGCUCUUAUCAGUCAGGAAGCAGCAACACUGAAAAUACACACAACACAUGUAAGCCUUGGCAGAGGCCCUUGGGCCAGCACACUGUCCUGAUGAGCCCGCUCUCACUCCGAAGUCGUCGAAAUCCGUUGCUUGGGCAGUGACUUGCGGCGUCAGACACUGACGAAAAAAGCUGUCCUUUAACGUCUGCAUGAUAUAUGGCACUCAGUGGCAUCAGGGGGAAACGAAGUGGGACAAAAACAAAAGUAAAGGUGGUGAAAGUCCAACUAGACCGGGUGGGAGGGCGUUGGAUGGGUCCAACAAACACAGAAUUUUACCCGGAAGAGUGGCGUUCACGUCCCGAAUUAUUCUAAAGCCAAACCCUGUUCUUUUAUCCAAAACUGAAACGUGUGUGUUGGCAAAAUGUUGUUGAAGGAAAAAAAAGAAAAAUUCAGGUUGUUGUACUGAUGUAGUGCUUUUAUUUUGAAAAGCUGUAUGUAAACGUUAAAUUUCCUGUGAAAACAGAAGUGUAUCUUGAAAGAAGACAAUGCAUGUAACAGGCAGAACUUGACACGGUGUCCCAGAACAUCAACAACCAACGCACCCAGGGUACCUUUCUUAUCAUAUCUGGACGUGGAAGGUCCGUGACCAAACGAUAUGUGACAAGGUCAGAGUGAGAAUGUGUUGUCCUGACCCACUAUGGCAGGAUGGCAUCGUCAUGGAGGCAUGGCAGUCCCCAUCCUGUUUCCACCUACAUUAACACUGUUAGCGCUGUCAGUACUGUUUGUGGUGUUAGCACUGUUAGCCGUGAGCCGCUAGCCACCAGCUCAGCCACCUCCAUGUUGAGAGCCGUGUGCAGACAAUCCUUGCUCAGACUCUGAAUCACAGACAUGCUCUGAAUAUCGUAUAGAGCUCCUUCAAGAGUCAGCUUCAAAACAGCGUUGUAUUCACAUGCUAUAUUAUGGUAGCAAGUAUGAAUAAACUAGAUGUCAGAGAUUAAAAAAAAUGAAAGUUGCCUGAUUAUCUUUUAGCUGUGCAGUUUGUUUUUAUGAUCCAUGUAAUAAAAUAAGAGAAGACAGAACUUAAUCAUGAGUGAGCACAGCAGUUGCAGUAAGUAGAAAACACCACAAAUAUAUAGAGUGCAAAUACAAAAAUAUACAGACCAAAAAAUUGCGCAUGAAUGUACCAUCCCUCUCUGACAAAAUUGAAAUUACAUGUCCAAAUUUUUGGACUUUUGCCUGCGUGCCAUGCAACUGUAGCAGCUUUGACACAUAACAGCAAAUGUAGAUUUUCAUACUGUGCCGUAAGUCUUCAGUGCUCCUAUAAGGCAUACUUGAUUUAUAGUAAAUGGGAUCAAAUGUGCAAAAACACCAGCAUGGUCAGACAUCUUAAGGUGAACUAAACCACAAUAUGUUCUGCCUCAAAUGUGCUUUGGCAUAUAUUAUUUUAUCGUCAUCCAUCUUUGCAUGUUAGAGAUUUUUAAGAAGUACACUAGACGCCCACAGCCUGCUUUCUGUGACUAUGUCUGCCAGCAUUUAACAAACUGAUCUGCCCAGCAUAACUUCUCUCUGUAGGAACUCCCAGUUAUCACACGUGCACCCAUGUUUUACUGUAUGACUGACGGAUAAUUGUGUGAAAUAUCCUCUAUGUAACAAUAGCUGAAUGGAUGCUUUUCCAACCUUGUUUACAUCUUCUUCAGACCAUCAUAUUCAACAUCUGUGUGAAAUUAAACUACUCCCUAACAAUCUGCAGCGUUCCCUGUCAAUCGGGUAUAACUGAGAAUGGCAUUAAGAUUUCACAACUCAGCAUCAUUUCACAGACCAUCAUGUAUCGUAAAGGUCUUAAGCGUUUCAGGAUUUCACAGGGAAACAUCUAAAGACUAAUCACAUUCCCCAGGGUCUGGAUGUAAGUCAGCAUCUUCGGUAAUCUGUUUGCUCAGUCAGGACCUCUGGGCCAACGCUGACAUUUAACAUAUGCUCAGCUUUGAUUUAAACUCCUCCUCACGUGAGCUCAGCAACACAUAACGCAGAUGCAUGCGAAACCUUUCAACAAAGCCUGGCCUUUGUUUUCACUGUCCAGAGGGCUGGGUAGUGUCGCUGUCAAAGAAAUGCCUCACACGUGUUAAAGCCACAUGUGAGCCAAGCUGUCAAAGGACCAUAACCUCAUACUGGUGUGUUAGCUCUGGAAAAUCAUACCCCUGCAAAUGGCAACCAAAAUGACAUCAUUUUAGCAACAAGGUUAUAUCACACAGGUGUCAUUUUAAGGGAUAAG